AUGGACAAAUUCACGGAAGAAGUGCGCAGAUCUAUGGAAGAGAAACUGAGGCAAGAAUUCGCACGGAAGAUAAGAAUGGUCAAAAGUUCACCGGCUCGUCCCACGAAAAGCAUCGUCCGGCAGAAACUUAAAUUUUACGCGGACAAAUGCUAUGAGUUUGAAAGUCUACACAAGCACGCCAAAGCACGAUUUGUUUCUCUUAUGAUGGACAGGUGGGUUAUGAUCAUUGUCAGACGUGGAGCGUUGCGCUAUCUUCUGAAGAUAGAGCAACUCUGCAUGGAGCACAAGGAAGAACGCACGAAUCUCACAGUCAUGAGAGACCAAUUCGUGUUAGCGCACGAGUGGUACGAAGUCUUGCUAUCACGUCUUUACGACCUCCUCUUGAAAGAAGAAAAGGCAGCGGUAGAAGAAGCAGAAGGCGAGUUCAAACGGAACACUACCGCAGAAGACAAAACUCUUCGUGAGCUGAGGAAAGCCUUUAAGGAUUUGCAGGACAACGUCAAAAAGCAGCAGCACGAAACACGGGAGUUGAUGCAAGCCAUGCAUCAGCACUUCGAAGGACUAGUCACCCGCGCAAUGAAAGACGGAUUUCGCUCACUUCGCGAAGACGUCAAGAGGCAACAGUAA